UCUGUUACUGUUAUCUAUUUUUAUUGAAGUGUUUCACUGUUUCUGUUUGUUUGACAUUGAUCGUGGUAAUUUGCGAAGUUAAUUUUGCAUCUAUUUUUUUUCUUAAUUGAUAUCAUUUUAUCAGUUGAAAUUAAAUAAUUAACCAUGGGUAUUCUGGACAUCAUUGAAAAUGGCGAACAAGACAUCCCCCUGUGCGACUCAUUCGUCGAUGAAAUCAACGAUGAAGACGAUUUUCCUGUUAUUUACUCCGAUACUUCGAGUGACACUGCAAGUGUCGGAGAAGCAAUUGACGAUUUUAUGCCUUCUGUUGGCGAGAAUGAAAGUGAUAACCUGAUUGAAGAUCUGAACUGGAUCAACGAUUCGAAUAGUUUUCUCGAUGAAUCCAUUAGCUAUGUUAAUGAUAACCAAAAUGACAUGGAUAUGUUGGUCGUCAUUAAUUUAGAUGCUACUCAACCAUCUAGUCCUCCUGCCAAUAUAAACAAUGUUGAAAAACGACAAACGAAUUUUCUCAACAAAUUCAAAAACAUUUCUGCUAAAAAUAAAACUAAUCUGGGCAAGCGUAAAGCUAGACGUUAUGAAAAUGCUCGCCAGCUUGAUCUGCUUAUUGCAAACAGCGAUGCCGACGAAAUUGACAUUGAUGAUUUGAUGCCUUUCAACUGCUCAUUCCGUUUUUCGCAAAUUCUUGAAGACAGUGAUCUCACUAAUAAGAUUUUAAAUCCGUCAACUAACGCCAAUGACGAUGACAAUACUCCCAGGAGAAUCACUAAAAGAAAAAAUUCGUGCGGUCAAAAGGAAAGAAAAAUCACUGCCAGUGCUGCGUUUAAUAACCUCGAUUCUUCGGAAAAAACAUUCUUCAGGAGACGUAACUUACCAAUGGGAAUGGUUCAUUAUUUAGACUCGUGCGUAUUUUCUUUCUUCCAAAAUGAUCCAACGGGAACAUAUAUAUCUGAACCACUUUCUAGUUACGAAAGAAUGAUGUUGCAUGGUAUUUCUCAUUAUUACAGACUGAAUUCAACUAGUUAUAACUCAGAACCUCAAGAUAUUCGACUGACCAAAGUUACCAACAAUCACGUAGAUUUCAAUCCUCCUUGUACGUGUUUAUCUCAAUAUUUGGAGGAAGGGCUACAGAAAGUUGCUAGUAAAUUGAAUAAUCCUGACAAACGUAGACGUUUCAAGAGAACAUGUACCAAAAGUUACUAAAGCAAAGUAUUAGCAAUGAGAUUGAGAUGAAUAAAUUAUUAUUUAAAAAUUAAGAAUUGUAACAAGUCAUAUAUUAUUUGGUCCUUUGCAAGGGCAUUGUUAUACUUACGGCUAUUUUAUGGGCGUAUUUUUUUAGAUAAUAAUUUUAAUGUACUACAUUUAAUUGUAAUUCGUUAUUCGUAUUGUUACUUGUAGUAAUAACACCUCUUUAAAUCGUAAGUAGAUACCUACCACAAAUUUUUAUGUAAUUUGAGUGCAAGAUUGUAUAUGUUAAAUCUUUUUCGUAUCAUUAUUUAUUUUUGCUUAUUUAAAUUCCAUUUAUGUAAAUAAAGGUAAUUUUCUGUUUUUA